GCUGAAGAUGAUCUGCUUGGGCACUGAAAAGCUAAGGGUCAGCCUAGCCACAGAGAGAAAACCUUCCUAACCCAAGCUCACCAUGCCCCGUCACCUCCCUCCACCUCCAUCUUCUAAGACUUUUAAAUCAAGAUCCUUUGCUGAUGCACUCCUUAAUAGGCCAACCCCCUCGAAACCGUCCAACCAACCUCUCCUACCAAAGAACCAGUCCCAUCCCCAACUAGCAGCCAACACGAGUGAACAAGUGAAGGAACAGGCAAAAAUCCUAGAAGUGGAGGAUGAUGUGGAAGAUUCCAGUUGGCUUUGUAAUUGUGCCACAUGCGAGGUUCUUGAGCCAUGCCUCAUCCCUGCUCCGCAACAGAAAUUUUGGGAAAAUGGGUUCACAUUCAUUUCAAUUAUUCCUAUGGGAGGUAGCAAUGUUCUACUAAAAGCUGAUGAUAAGGGUUCUCUAAAUAAAUUUAUAGAAGAAGAGGAAUCUUGGUGGAGCAAAUGGUUCAAAAGAAUAAAGCCUUGGAGACCUUUGAACAUUGCUACGGAGAGACUUGUUUGGGUUCGAAUAACUGGCUUCCCUUCCGAUGAUGAAGUUGAGCAACCAUGCCAGGCUGGAAAGCAACCAUUAAAUGAAUUACUGAACAAGCCUGCUGAUUUUGUCAGUCCCAAGAGGAUUGCAAUCUUGGGUAAUAAUUCAGCCACCUUGGAAAAGGCAUCUGGUGGACCCACUAAAUGUCCUAUGUUUCAUAAUGAUGGUGAAAUUAAUUCUUCAGACUGGAUUGACUCUUCAUUUCUAAAAGAGUCAAAAAUUGGGGAAAUUUUAUCUAUUGAUCAGGAUACCCGUGCAAGCCCACCUCAAGCCCAUGAGAGCGCAAACAUGGCCCAUUGCAACUUCGAUGCUCCUACCAAUGUUGCUAAAUCACCACUGCAGGGAAACCCAAUCUCUCAACAAUCCUUUAACUGUGCUCAAAAUACGAAGAACCUAAAGCUUGCGACCGGGUUGCUUCGUGGGAUUAGAAAGAAGUCAGCAAGAAUGGGGAAGAGAGGUAAGAGGCAUGGCGACAGCCUUUCAAGUCCUUCUUUUUCUGAUAGCAUCAUGGAGAAAAGAAUCCAACUUAAGGAUAUCAGUAUUGAAGACAUGAAUAUCAGACGUUUUGUGGAGUUUGGAAGACAAUUAGGGUUGUGCUUUGUGGGUAAUGAAGAAAUCUUUGCUUCCAAAUUUCGUGAGUCAGAAAAGCGUGAUAAGGGGCUACAAAAGUCCUAAAUCAUGCUGCUCUAUCUACUAGAUCUCUUCUUAAAAUGAAGGUAAUAUCUUUUAAUAUUCGUGGGCUUGGGAACAGUGUUAAGAGAAAGGAAUUGAGGAAGAUAGUUAGUGGUGAACAUGUGAAUUUUUUUAUGAUCCAAGAAACAAAACUCAAGACAGUUGAUGAGAAUCUGUGUAGAUCAAUUUGGGGGCAAGAGGGCUUUGACUGGUGUGCGAAGAGUGCAGAUGGCAGAUCUGGUGGUCUUCUUUGUAUUUGGGAUUCUCACUUAUUUAAGAAAAUUGAUCUAUUUAA